AUGGAAUGGUGGGUCUACGGUCCUAUUAUAGUUGCUAUAAUCAUGUUCCUGCUAGUGGGAACCGUAUUUGAGAGGAGAAUAGAAGCUGCUAUCAGACGUCUUAUGGAACGUCGCCAGGAACAACUAACUCCGAGUGAAAAUUUAACAACCCACGAAUCCAUCACACCAAACGUGGUAGCAGUUGCUGUGUCUACUACCAAAUUGCUGCAAACCAAGUCUUACGCUCAAAUGCCAUCUAAACUGGUAGUGCAUUCCUCUGAACCAACAAAGAUAUCCAGCAGAACCACAUCACGCACUCUGUCGCAGAAGAAUAUGGCAUCGAGAAACAGCGCGACUGUCAUCUUGAAUAGAUCUGUGCCCAAGUUACACGCCUAA